AACACGCUGAUUUUUCGCUGCCAAAGCCAUGAUUUCAGCCACGCUUCCAACGGCGGAAGCUGCGCGUGCCGCGCGCCUCCGAGUUCCACAUUCGUUUUCCAGGGAGCCGAAGCCGAGUCGUGGAGAGCACCCAGGAUGUGGCCGGAGCCAUGGUUUUGCUCCGCAGAUAGCGCGUUUCGCGCAUUUCGCCGUGGCUGGGGGUGUGGCCCAAAAAGCCCUUCGCCGCAGAUGUCGUCGAAGGAACAAAUCCUUGAAAUAUUUCGAAGGAUUUCCGCACACCUUGGACUAUGGCCUUUACUUCUUCGGCCCCGAUGGCGCCUGUCAGAAAUAUGUGGCGGGCCAAGCGAACCCCUAUUGCCUGGAGCAUCGCAAGACCCUGAUCUAUGUACAUGGCUGGGAGGCGGAUCGCAUCGAGCAUAGCUUCCGCGAAACCUUCCAUUGGAGCAGCAACGAACCCAGAUUUGGCCUGGAUUUGGAUUUAGCGCCUCCCUGGUUGGAUCGAAACUGGAAUGUGGGCAUCUUUUACUGGGACCAGUUCUCAGACGAACCAUGGCUGCCAGAUGCGGAAGCGAAGAUCUGGAACGCCCAGGGGCCGAGGAGCAUGCGCUACAGAGUGGCCUCUGGCGAUUUCCAGGCUUCCUCCGUGCGCGGCAGCGCCUCUGAACUUUUGGCUGCGCAGCUGCUGAGUCUGCCUGAAGGGAUGGAGCUACGAUUGGCCGGACAUUCCCUGGGGUCUCCUUUGGUCAUUGCUGCAGCAGAGGAAAUGCUCAAGCGGCGACCUGAAGCCUUUGGCAUUCGAAGAAUCGCCCUUCUGGAUCCCUACUGGUCGCGACAGAUGCCACUACUGAACCCACAAGACUAUUUGCCACUGAAGACCACUGCAGAAGAAAGCCUCGAGAGGGCGCAGAAACUGGCCGAUCGACAGGUGUUGUUUGAGAUCUACUAUUCCUGUCCGGUCUUAACGCAGCUGCCCUUGCUGGCAGAUGACUCGCCGGUGCAACACUUGCUGUCCUCCCAGCUGGCCGUGAUGGUCUGCUACGACGCCAGCUUCGCGGAGCUGGAUCUGGAGGCCCAACACCUUUUGGCUCCCUGUCUCUACUUGCACAGCAUGCGCUUCGCCGCAGGGCCAGUGCCCUCGGCACGCAGCAGUACUGCUCAGCUCCGAAGCUCUUUGGGGCGAUGCUUCUGAAAAAUGGCGAGGUGGUCAACAUCU